AGUACAUGUUUCUAAUUUAUUUAAUUUAUUAAUUAUCUUAUUUGUGAUAGUUGUUUCAAAUCAUAUUUGUGAAUUACUGGAUGAAAUGUCUUGGUCAGAAAAUAUAACUUCAACAGACCAACAAUAUUUUGAAAAUAUUUUUGAAAUCCCGUCAAUACCGCCGACACCAUCAUCUUCUCAAAUGAAUGUUCAGAAUCCUUGUUUUUUUGGAAAUCGGGAUCCUUCGUUGUGUCACGGAAGUCUGUGGAAUAAUUUUCCAAAUCCUUGCAAUAUUUCAACGUCAGUUAGCACACUGAGUGAACUUAGUAUGUCACCGUUUCACACUACAAAUUUUCAGCAUACCAAUAUGAAUCGAAAUUGUCGAAUAUACAGAAGGUGGGAACAAUAUUCACAUCAAAAUACCACUAUUAAUGAGGAGGAUGUAAUUGACGAGUCAAUGGAAAAAAUAAAUAUAAAUUCUACAGAACCACCUAUAGAUUUUAUUUGUGAGAAAACUCAAGAUCGCCAAAUUUCUACAACUACAGUAUUUCGUGCCUGGGAAAUUCCGUCAUAUCAAAACGUUAAUCAAAAUGUAGAAAGUGAAAUCAAAUGUUGUUCGAGGCAAGAUUCACGGUACACAAUCGAUUUAAGCGACAAUUCCUUCGACAAAGAAGCGUGUUCUGUAGAUCAGAAUGAGUCAAAUAAAAGAUUAACUAGCGAUAAACCUCGUAAGGAAAGAACUGCAUUUACAAAACAUCAAAUUCGACAUCUUGAAUAUGAAUUUGCGCAUAGUAAUUAUCUUACACGUUUACGUCGCUAUGAAAUAUCAGUUGCGCUGGAUCUAACAGAACGUCAGGUAAAGGUAUGGUUUCAAAAUAGACGAAUGAAAUGGAAAAGGACAAAAGCAGGGUUAGGAAAUGGACCAGAAAAACUUAAUAUUUUUUGAUAAUUAUUUCUUCAGUUUUUUCAAGCAU